AUGGAGAGCUAUGAGACAAUUGGAAUCUUGGGGGAAGGCACUUACGGUGUCGUUUUGAAGGCAAUCCAUCACACCACAGGGAAGCUUGUGGCUAUUAAAAAAUUCAAGCAGACAGAUGCAGAUGAUUACGUUCAUAAGACAUCUUUGCGUGAGGUCCGUAUACUAAAACAACUGCAUCACCCAAACGUAGUUUCUCUUUAUGAUGUGUUUCGCCGUAACGAUAAGCUUUACUUAGUCUUCGAGCUUGUAGAGAAUACAAUUUUGCAGCUACUAGAAAGGACGCGUACUGGGAUGGAUCGACAGGAUGUGCGACGCUACGCAUAUCAGAUCCUGCGCGGUAUUGAUUAUUGUCACACCCACAAUGUCAUCCAUCGGGAUGUAAAACCAGAAAAUAUAUUAGUGUCCCGAGAUGGAUUUCUGAAAAUAUGCGACUUCGGCUUCGCAAGACAUCUCACGGUGGGGGGUAAGUACACGGAUUAUGUUGCAACACGGUGGUACCGGGCACCUGAGUUGCUAGUUGGGGACGUCUACUACGACCGUAGCGUCGAUGUGUGGGCAAUUGGGUGUAUUAUUGCAGAGCUCACCAGCAGCUUACCACUCUUUCCUGGGGAAUCUGACCUUGACCAGCUUUAUUUAAUUCUAAAAACCUGUGGCCCACUACCGGAGCGCAUGGUUCGUACUUUCGAGCGAAAUCCCCUCUUUCGUGCCGUGUCUUUCCCCCACACAGAGGUGCAUCUCACGUUGCAGCAGCGUUUUCCGAAACAGUCACCAGAAUGGUUGGAAUUUCUGUCAGCGUGUCUACGUCUGGAUCCGGAAGAUCGUCCGUCUUGUGCAGAACUGAUGAACCUCGCAUACUUUCAGAAAAAUAACUUCAAAGCUGAUUAUGAAGCGGAGCUGCAACGCACAACUGUUUCAUUAUACAAAAGUACAGGCACUGAUACGAUUAUGGCCCCUCUGUCAUCCAAGACACUGGCAAUAUCGAACUCCGUCAGGAAUCCACUAAAUCCGCUUUACACCAACCAUGAUAGGCCUGUGGAUAAUGUUCACGAAAAAAAGCCUCAUACUCAAUGGGGGAAAGCAAGUAACCGAGAACUAUCGGACUCCAAUUUUAUGACACUACCAUUAACAUCGAAGCACAAAACUGAUCAACCUGAAACAAAUGAAAAAGAUCGAUUACCUAGCAUCAUAGAAAAUUUGUCGUGCGGGCCAUUUCCUUCAUUACCCCAGCGAGAAUGCCAAGGUGUGGUCAAAGAUGGUCCCAUUGAGGUGGAUGGCGAGUUGAUGCCUCACGAUCGAUCGAAGGACCAGUCUCCCCCCACUCUUCCUACCGACCCGAAGCUCAUCCCGAGCAAUAUCACACCCACCAACGCGCCGGGUGCGUGUAUUGCGGCGCGAAUCCCAUCUCUGGACGUUUUGUGGUCCAAGUACCUAUUCUCCACGAUGCAGCCGAGCAGUAGCCCGGACCCCGCGUCCAAGAUGCCGCCGAUUCUCACCAAUAUCACCAACCUCACUACGGCCCCUCCCCCGGGGGCAGGGGUGGCCCCACGGCCAUUUAUCACCGCUGUGAUGGACGACGGGGACGGCCCCCUGCAGCUGGUUCCUUCGCCCCAUGCCAAGCCGCAUUCCUUGGGGGAAGGGAAUGGAAUUCGAACCUCCAGCCCACGUGAGCCGGAUGGGGGGGAUAAACACCCUAUUGAACGAAAGCGAAUUCCCGCCAAACCCUACCCCAUGGGCUUAUCGGAGGUGCCUCUGGGAGGCACCACUUGUAACACCACGGGCAGCACCAUCAUUCUCCCCUUGUCGAACAUGAGCUUUGGAAAAGGGGAGGGUUUUACAGGGAAUCAGGGUUUCUCUCAUGCGGCGAAAGCAAACCAGACAGGCACCAAACAUUUUAGUAACAAUACGGGGCGCAUUCUUAAUAUGAAUUUGUCCACAUCAACGUAUUUAGUUCCCCUUACUGGAAGAGACGAUUGCAGAAAUCUGGAUCGACUUUCCACGAGGGAAUUUGAUGAUAAAGCCACCAAGCGAUCCAUUAAUGAACUAAAGGACCUCUCUAGCAUCGGUGACAAUACUUUGUAUACUUUGAAUGGUACCACCACAGACAGUAAGGCAUCUAGAAUUAAGAAGUCAUCCUGUAAGCUUUGUACCGAGAAGCAACAGCGUAUGCAACGGCUUCCGAUAGGCGGAGUCUACUUCUGGGGAGAGAGACUUGGUAAGACUCAAGAUUCAUCAGUUACAAACAAAGGUACUGGCCCUGUAAAGUCAGUUUCUCGUAAGCCAAAGAUCAAAAACGUACUUAGAGGUCCCAGCAAUGAGGAGGUUCCUCACUUAUGGUCACAACCGAAGUCGUUUUGGCCACCUUCACCAAAGUUUGAUAUAAAAUUAAAGGCCCCAGAAAAGAUAGUUAGUGACUGUUCACCAUAUCGUGACACAUCUAUCACGAAUCUUCACAAAAACCUGUCGAAUUCAACGAAAAACCUAGGUAACUGUGUGUCUACUUCUCAGAAUCAACAUCCAAACUUAUCUCAAAACAAUGUCUCGACAGCGACUAAUACAACCUCGACGAUAAACACUGCAGCAAAAGUAGAAACAAGUUCAACAAGCACCCGAUACAAAGCACCACCUCAGGAUCCAUUGAGCCGUCAACGCUCAAAGGAGAUAGGGGUCAUGCCAAUCUACCGAAAGGUGGCUGAUGUUGGACAUAACCACAAGCUUAGUCCGGUUCGACAGCGAAGGGUAAAUGCUGCGAGGUCGUUUCAUCAUUCCAACGACAAGGAACCUAGUCGCAGGGGUGUGAGUCAAACAAUUCCGCGCCUGAAAUGCGAACCUUCAUAG